CUUCUGGCAGUGCCUGAAUUGUUGCUGUUCUCCCUCUCCUUUUCUUCUCUCUGUAAAACCAUGGCCCAUCGGCUGCGGUUUCAUUUUGGCUCUGGGCGAAGCAACACAGCCCCCGAAUCAGAGAUCCUCGACCGGGAGAGAGAAGAUGACUUUUUCAUGGCAUUCCACACUUUGCCAAGAAGAAACAGUCCUCACGCUUUCUCCCGACACGGAGCAGAUUAUGGUGGUGGCGGUGAUUUGCAAGAAGUAGGCUCCUUAAAAAGGAGUACAUCCAUGUUUAUUCCCCAGCUGCUGAACAGUAUUGAUGUGCGUCCAACAAGAAGCUCGUCAAUGCAGAUCUCUCUUCAGCGCAAAGCUGCGAAUGGCUGCGCGGACGAGUGUGCAACCCUGGAAUCUCCUGAGGAGACACUUCCUUGUAAAUUCUCUGACUUCAGGGAGCAUUAUGCACCCCCUGUUGAAAACCAUUCUUCUUCUCCGAUCAGUCCAGAGGUGACUCCUGAAAAUUCUCCACCCAGGCUGACAGAAGAGUUAGGGCAACAGAUUAAUGGAACUAUUUGCUGUAAUCGUAGAAUAUUUUGUACUAUUCCUUCUAAUAACCAGACUGAGGAUGCUUCAUCAACUGCCCAAGAAGAUGAGGCAAAUGAAGCAGCUUCAGGUUUAAACAUAAGUGGUGUGAGGAUUCAGCAUCGGGCUUCAAGUGCAGACGUGCCUCAGGUUACUCUACUACCCUUCGGUACUGAGGCUCAGAAUAAUGCUCCCACCCCAGAACCCCGGCGUUGGUCUUUGCAACAUGUGCCAGAUAUGUCAGCAAAUUCAGGGAAAAAGUUCUUUGUUCUCCAGUUACAGCAACCCCAGACAAGUGGUACAGGUGCGGCAGGCGAAUGUAACUUUGGUUUUACUGGAUCAAAAGGGGACAGAUUGGUCAGGUAUCCUCGGAUACGGCUAGAAAGGAGUACUUCUUACCCUGUCCAGCCGCCAACAGAAGAAAUUAGCCCCACAGAUGAUGGAUUGAAUUCAGAACUGCAUGGAAAUGGCAGGAAUGGGUCAGAAAUAUCUAGAAGCAAUUCAGUAGAGCGGAUUCCUCAAGGGCAGGGAUGCUUGUUUAAAAUCAGACCAGAUCAAAACACGAGGCAGCAGCACUUCAGAAUUCUUGUCACCCGUGGUCCUGAAGAACAAAAUCAGGUUGUUGGUAAAGAGGGUCGUGGCACCCCUGGUCCUGCAACAGCCAGCACCACAACUAGAGACGACUUCCUGGGUCAAGUGGAUGUGCCACUUAGUCACCUUCCGACUGAAGACCCAACCAUGGAAAGGCCAUACACAUUUAAGGAUUUCCUUCUCAGACCAAGAAGCCACAAAUCUCGUGUAAAGGGUUUCUUGAGACUGAAGAUGGCUUAUAUGCCUAAAAAUGGUGGCCAAGAGGAAGAAAACAAUGAUCAAAGGGAUGAAUCUGAGCAUGGAUGGGAUGUGGUUGAUUCCAGUGACUCCGCAUCUCAACGUCAGGAGGAGUUACCACCUCCUCCACUGCCUCCUGGAUGGGAAGAAAAGGUGGACAACCUGGGGCGGACUUACUAUGUCAACCAUAACAACAGGACUACUCAGUGGCAUCGACCAAGUUUAAUUGAUGUGGGAUCUGAUUCAGAUAACAAUAUAAGGCAAAUAAACCAAGAAGCAGCCCAUAGGCGGUUCCGCUCUCGUAGACACAUUAGUGAGGAUUUGGAACCAGAACCUAUGGAGAUUGGAGACAUUCCUGAGCCUUGGGAAACCAUUUCAGAGGAGGCAAGUGCAAGUGGAGAUUCCUUAAGCUUGUCAUUGCCACCUCCUCCUGCAUCUCCAGUAUCCCGUACCAGUCCUCAGGAGCUAUCUGAGGAACUGAGCAGAAGACUUCAGGUCACUCCUGAUUCCAAUGGGGAACAACUCAGUUCUUUGAUUCAAAGAGAUCCUUCUUCAAGAUUAAGAUCUUGCAGUGUAACAGACACAGUUGCUGAACAGUCUCAGUUAUCCUUGCCUUCAGUGGCCUAUGUACAUACUACACCAGGCUUACCUUCAGGCUGGGAAGAAAGAAAGGAUGCAAAAGGCCGUACAUAUUAUGUCAACCAUAACAAUCGAACCACAACAUGGACGCGGCCCAUUAUGCAGCUUGCAGAAGAUGGCAUGGUUGGGUCAACAGCAAACAGCAGCAACCAUUUAAGUGAACCGCAGAUAAGACGGCCUCGUAGCCUCAGUUCACCCACAGUAACUUUAUCUGCUCCGCUCGAGGGUAUCAAGGACUCCCCUGUGCGCAGAGCAGUGAAGGACACCCUUUCCAAUCCACAGUCUCCACAGCCCUCACCUUACAACUCUCCUAAACCACAACACAAAGUUGCACAAAGCUUCCUUCCUCCUGGCUGGGAGAUGCGAAUAGCACCCAACGGCAGGCCCUUCUUCAUUGAUCAUAAUACUAAAACUACUACGUGGGAGGAUCCACGACUGAAAUUUCCAGUGCAUUUGAGAUCAAAAGCAUCUUUGAACCCUAAUGAUUUAGGCCCUCUUCCUCCUGGUUGGGAGGAAAGAAUACAUUUGGAUGGAAGAACGUUUUAUAUAGACCAUAGAAGCCAGGUGUUGAUAUGUGGAGACAUUGAUACCAGAGACUUAGUGCCCUCAUACGAUAAUAAAAUUACCCAGUGGGAAGACCCUAGACUGCAGAACCCGGCAAUUACUGGUCCAGCAGUUCCGUAUUCCAGGGAGUUCAAACAGAAAUAUGACUAUUUCCGGAAGAAGUUAAAGAAACCAGCUGAUAUACCAAACAGGUUUGAGAUGAAGCUACACAGAAAUAAUAUUUUUGAGGAGUCCUACAGAAGAAUCAUGUCUGUGAAGAGACCUGAUGUACUGAAAGCCAGGCUCUGGAUUGAAUUUGAGUCAGAAAAAGGACUUGACUAUGGAGGUGUGGCCAGAGAAUGGUUUUUUCUCUUGUCCAAGGAGAUGUUUAACCCUUAUUAUGGUCUCUUUGAAUAUUCAGCAACGGACAACUAUACACUUCAGAUUAAUCCUAAUUCAGGUCUUUGUAAUGAAGAUCAUCUGUCAUAUUUCACAUUUAUUGGUCGGGUUGCUGGUCUGGCAGUAUAUCAUGGGAAGCUAUUGGAUGGCUUCUUCAUCAGACCUUUUUACAAGAUGAUGCUGGGGAAACCAAUAACUCUGAAAGACAUGGAGUCAGUGGAUAGCGAAUACUACAACUCUUUGAAGUGGAUCCUAGAAAAUGACCCUACAGAGCUGGAUCUCAUGUUUUGCAUAGAUGAGGAAAACUUCGGACAGACAUAUCAAGUCGACCUGAAGCCAAAUGGGUCAGAAAUCAUGGUAACAAAUGAAAACAAAAGGGAAUAUAUUGACCUGGUCAUCCAAUGGAGGUUUGUAAACAGAGUUCAAAAACAAAUGAAUGCUUUUUUGGAGGGAUUCACAGAACUUCUUCCUAUUGAUCUGAUUAAAAUUUUUGAUGAAAAUGAACUAGAGUUACUGAUGUGUGGCCUUGGCGAUGUUGAUGUUAAUGACUGGAGACAACACACAAUCUACAAAAAUGGCUACUGCCCAAAUCAUCCCGUUAUCCAGUGGUUCUGGAAGGCCGUUUUACUGAUGGAUGCCGAAAAGCGGAUUCGAUUACUGCAGUUUGUUACUGGGACGUCACGUGUGCCUAUGAAUGGAUUCGCUGAACUUUAUGGUUCAAAUGGUCCUCAGCUGUUUACAAUAGAGCAAUGGGGAAGUCCUGAUAAACUGCCCAGAGCUCACACAUGCUUUAAUCGCCUAGACUUACCUCUUUAUGAAUCUUUUGAAGAUUUGCGAGAGAAGCUACUUAUGGCAGUUGAAAAUGCUCAAGGAUUUGAAGGAGUGGAUUAAAACAUCGACUUUUUUCCCCCUUCAAGCAAGUUCUGCUUGCACUUUUGCAUUUGCCUGAUGGACUCUGAGUGAUUACGGCAGAACAGUUGCACAGCGUUGCUUCAUGGAGCAAACCCUUCGACAGCGCAGUUGCCCGAAUCCAGAAGUUUGAACUGUGUAGUCUGUGGGUGGCUCUUCUGACGUUUCCACAGCAGAUUACCGA